AUGGCUUCUAGUAGUGGACAAGAUAACUAUCAAGAAGUAGAUGAGCCAGUCCCAGAUCAUCACAAUAUAACAAUAGACCAACCUUAUGUUGAGAGGCAACAGAGAUUUCAAUACCUUGACACUUCUGUUCGUCUUUAUCAAGCUGCCCUAAAAGGUGAUUGGCAAGUUGCUAAGAAUUUAGCUGAGAAAUGUCCACAUCUCUUACGGCGUCCCAUAACAGAAGGUAAUGAGACAGCUCUUCACAUCGCAGUUACAGCAAAACGAGCUGAUUUUGUAAAAGAACUGGUCAAAUGGAUGACUCCUGAUGAGAUAGCAUUACAAAAUAAUGCGGGAAGCACAGCCCUUUACUUCGCUGCUGUAUCAGGAAUGGUGUUAAUUGCUAUGGAGAUGGUGGAAGUGAACCCUCAACUGCCAUUAAUUCGUGGCAGCAGUGGAAAGACACCACUUUACGUGGCAGCUUUGAACGGACGUAGAGAGAUGGUGUGGUAUUUAUACUCUGUGACUCCUUUUGAAGAUUUGGAACCUAUUGAACGCAUUGAUAUCCUUGUUGCCACUAUUUCUACUGAUUUGUAUGGGUUCAAGGGAAUGUGUAACAAAGCUUUGAUGCAGACAUUGGCUCAUGAAUUACUUGAACUCAUAUGGAGAGAGGUUCUAAUAUUGCCAAAAGACCAGUUCUCAAACGUAAUUGAUGUGCAUUCGGCUUCACUUUUUGGAGCUGCAAAAGUAGGGAAUGUUGAAUAUAUAAUUACAGUUUUACGAUCUUAUCCUGAUCUCAUAUGGCAAGUAGACCGUAAACGCCGAAGUAUAUUUCACAUUGCUGUUAAAUAUCGACACGAGAGUGUGUUCAAUUUAAUAUAUGAAAUAGGUGCUAUCAAGGAUAUUAUUGCACAAUAUAUUGAUGACAACGAAAGGAACAUGCUACACUUAGCUGGCCGAUUGGCUCCUUUACAUCGACUAAAUAUCAUAUCAGGAGCACCCCUUCAAAUGCAACGAGAGUUACUGUGGUUUAAGGAGAUAGAAAAGAUUGUGCCACGUUCUUACAAGAAGAAAAAUAAUAUAGAUCAAGAAGGCCGUAAAGUUGCAAAAACGACACCUUGGGAAUUAUUCACGAAGGAACAUGAAAAGUUAAAAGAACAAGGUGAAAAGUGGAUGAAAGACACAGCAAACUAUUGCAUGCUUGUGGCGACAUUGAUUGCCACUGUAGUCUUUGCUGCAGCUUUUACUGUACCAGGUGGCAACAAUCAAGAAAUAGGUACACCCAUUUUUUUGAAAAGUAAGUGGUUUACAGUGUUCUUCAUAUCAGAUGCACUUGCAUUGGUCUCCUCUUCCACUUCGAUACUAGUAUUUUUAUCAAUUCUCACUUCGCGUUAUACAGAAAAGGAUUUUCUCGUUUCAUUGCCUACAAGGUUGUUGUUUGGACUUGCAACACUCUUCAUCUCUAUAGCAAGCAUGGUUGUUGCUUUCAGUGCAACUUGCUUCUUGGUUCAUAACAGCGAAAUGGCAUGGUUACCAAUUACAAUAAUUGCUUUAACUGGUGUCCCAGUUACUUUAUUUGUUGUGCUACAUUUUCGUCUUUGGGCUGAUAUUAUUCGCUCAACAUACUGGUCCCAGUAUCUUUUUCAGCCACAUAAACGAAAGCUUUUUUAG